AUGUAUGACUGUGAUGAUGAGGAAGAAGAAAUUUCAUCGCAACCGCUAUUGCCAUUUGUUGGCAUGCAAUUUGACACUGUCAAAGAUGCCAGAAUAUUCUACAAUGAAUAUGCCUUCAAGACUGGAUUUGGAAUACACAUAGGCGCUUCUCGAAACAGCCAAAAGAAAGGUCCUACGACACUUAUCAAGAGGGUUUUUGAGUGUGUCCACACAGGCAAGCCAUGUAGCAAAGCUGAUAGUAGCACUACUUCAGAGGGUCUAUCAAUUGGUGCAGCCUCGUCUAGCAAAGAUAGUUGGUUCGAAAUGGAUGUUAUGAACAAACGUCAAAAGAAUAGGUUGCCAGAGCUUGUACGAUAUUACCGCUCACACCGCAACAUUCCGGAAGAAGAUAUGGAUCUCAUAAUGACAAUGCAUGAUGUAAACUUCUCAACUUCAUCGUGCAUGGGGAUGCUCUCAAGGGUGCGCGGCGGAGACCUCAGGAUACUACCAUAUGUGAAGAGGGAUGUUUCAAAUGUCCGGUCAAAGUUGCGCCAAAACCUAAACCUCCGAGACAUGGAUUUGACAGUUGAGUAUUUUAAGAGGCAGGUAGCUGAGAAUCCUCAGUUCUACUAUGAAAAAAUUGUUGAUGAGGAUACCAACUCGGUUACAGGGCUCUUUUGGGUGGAUGGCAGGACAAGGGCAUUGUACCCUAAGUACAAAGACUGUAUUUUCUUUGAUACAACAUUUUGUACAAAUAGAUACAACAUGCCAUUUGCUCCGAUUGUCAGAGUGAACAACCAUUUGCAAACGGUGUUGCUCGGUUGUGCGUUGCUACCAAAUGAACAGAUUGAAACUUUCAAGUGGGUCUUCGAGAACAUUCUGCUUGCAAUGAACAAUGAACACCCAUUGACCAUUAUGACAGACCAGGACAAGGCCAUGGAAACUGCCAUAUCACAAGUCUUCCCCAACACAGUGCACAGAUGCUGCAAAUGGCAUGUCCAGAGAAAAGCUCGUGAGAAGCUUGGCAGGAUAAUGAGCAGAGAUGAGGUUUUUGAGAAUGCUUUCUACAGGUGCAUCAACGAUUCUGACACGGUUGAUGAAUUUGAGGAGAACUGGCAACAUAUGAUAAAUUUCUUCGAAUUAGUUGAGAAUAGACAUCUUUGCAACAUGUGGCGCACCCGUCACACAUGGGUCCCACCAUUCUUUCGGAAGGGCUUCUUCCCCUUCACAAACACUACUGGGAGGUCAGAGGGGCUAAACUCCUACUUCAAGACAUUUGUGCACCCUCAAGAUUCGGUGUGGAGGUUCGUGCAACAAUAUGAGAUGCUACAGGAGACUAUGCCAGACCGUGAGGACAAUCAAGCUUUCAUUGGUGCAGCAACCACAACCCCGCUUUACUCUAGGUACAAGAUUGAACGUCAAGCAGUUGGUUUCUACACUCGAAGCGUGUUUUCCAAGUUUCAAGCAAAAUUGGCUGCAUCAACAGGCUUUGUUCUAAACCAAGUUCCUUCUAUUGACAUUGGAGGUGUGAAAUUUGAGCUCUUUUCAAAUUACUAUGAAGACCCCAAGAUAUUUACAGUAAAUGUUGAGAUGGAACAAGAGAUAUUUGAGCACAGCUGCAAUUUUUUCGAAAUGAAUGGCAUCAUAUGUGCGCAUAUCAUUAGAGUCAUGGUCCACCUCAAUGUCCAAGCUAUACCACAAUGCUACUUGCUAGAACGUUGGUCGGAACAAGCAACUACACCAACCGGCAAUAGUGCUCAUCUACUAGAUCUUGCGCUCCCUUCAAACAAUACACUCAAGUACAACAAAUUGUGCAAGAAGUUCACAUGGUUGUUGGCCUCUCAAGCUUGUAGCAAUGAUUAUGCCUACAAAAUACUAAAUGAUGCAGCUCAUAACCUUUAG